AUGUCGGACCUGGACUCGUCGCUCGACUCUAGCAUGAUGGCGUCCUCGCGCGCGUCUUCGACCUCGAGCCUCGACUCGCCCACACCGACCGCUACCGCCACGAGCAAGAACGGUGGGAUGUCGGCUUCGCCAUCGUGGCGGCGGUGGGUGGCGGACAAGUAUACGGUGCAGUAUGCGAUUCCGGCGGCGUAUGCGCCCGCGGCGCUGCAGGUGUGCAUCACCGCGUUUCCGCUCGGCGUACUUUUCGGACUCGUCCUCCCCCGCAUCACCACCUUGGUCUGGCAGACGAUGUCCAAAGGGACCAUGGAUGGGGAGGGACUGGCGUGGUACGCGCAGCCGCAACUGGCGCUGUACCUGGGCGCGUGGGUGGUGUUUCACAUGCUCGAGUUCAUGGUCACGGCGAGCUUCAACCCGACGCGGCUGUUCUCGGACAGCUUCCUGCUGAACAACGGCAUCCACUACCACGUUGCGCACCUCGUGGCGCUGCUCGAAUUCGGCCUCACCGCCCACCUCUACCCUUGGUCCAAGGCGGUCGGCUGGACAACGUGGAUGGGCCUGGCGGGGGUGGGAGUGGGACAGGUGCUGAGGAGCAUGGCCAUGGUUCAGGCGCACAACAACUUCAGCCACAUUGUAGCCGAGCGUAAGCGCGCGGACCAUGUGCUGGUGACGCACGGCGUGUAUGCGUGGACGCGACACCCGAGCUACGUGGGGUUCUUUUACUGGGCGGUGGGAACGCAGCUCAUGCUGGGCAACAAGAUCGCCCUGCUCGGCUUUGUGGGCGCGCUCUGGACGUUCUUUAGCAGGAGGGUGAGGGCCGAGGAGAAGUGGUUGGUCGAGUUCUUUGGAGACGAGUACAGGCAGUAUGCCAAAAGGACCGGCACGGGCUUGCCCUUCAUCUAA